AUGACUCAACCGCAUGUCUCAGUGUCACAGAAUCGCCGCUCCGCCGUGCGUCGUGAUGCAAGCCCCAUCCCUUCUGUCCGUGCGAAGCGCAUCACAAACCUCGCCGCUAUGGCUUCAAACGUUAUGCUCCCUCGCGACAAGACCCAUCUUCACACAGUCCGCUACGUCGCUCAGAUAGAUCUCGACGGCUGGAUGCUCAGGCGAACCAAAGUCGGUGCUAAGACAAAUUUCUUUGUCGUCCUCGAGGGCACCACCCUCAAGAUAUUCAAAGAUAAGUCGGCCCCGCAGCGAUAUUCCGUAUCCGUGCGUGAAUUGCCACCUCACGUGGAUUUGGAAAGGUGUGAGCUCCACGUCAAGUUUCCUGGCCCUACUCGAGGGAAAGAGAGAGUUUUGCGCCUUAUCAUCCCAACGCAAAAGGAUGCCCAUAAGUGGAAGCAUGCGCUCGAGUCUGCUGUCAACAGCGAAAUCACAGACUUCUACACCUUGGGCAAAACUCUUGGUAGCGGAGCUUACGGUGAGGUCGUCGAAGCCUGGGACAACCGGACUAAAGAUAAGCGCGCCAUCAAAAUUGUACAACGUGGAAACAACAUGAAGGGCCGUGAACAUGUCGAAUGCGAAAUCCAAGUCAUGAAGACGAUAGCUCACGAUAACAUCGUCCAGACGUAUCAGAUUUUCGACCUCAAGCGUACAAUCUACAUCGUUAUGGAGUACGUCCCUGGGGGUGACCUGUUUGACUUUGUAGCUCAGCACAACUGCCUGACUGAGUCCCAUGCCAGCCAAUGCGUCAGAUCUAUUUUCCAAGCUGUUGAAUAUUUACAUCGACACGGUAUCGUUCAUCGAGACCUCAAACCAGAGAACAUUCUUUGCGCAAACGAGUCGUGGCCAUUGAAAGUUAAAGUCACAGACUUUGGCUUUGCAAACUUCAUGGACCCUAACAGUGACCCUGGCAACACCAUGCGCACCCAAGUAGGCACCGCCUACUUCAUGGCACCUGAAAUCGUUAAAAAUAUGGGCCACGGACCGGCCGUAGAUCUGUGGGCUUGUGGUGUCAUAUUGUACACUAUUCUUACGGGCAGACUCCCGUUUCCAGGAAAAAACACAAGGGAAUACUUCGAUAACGUCCGUGAUAGGGCACCGCUCUUUCCGGCAAUAUUGUGGAAGGGCAUCUCGGCAGACGCGAUGAGCUUAGUCAAGGGCUUGCUUAACAAAGAUCCCAACAAGCGCCUUACGUCUUUGGCUGCAUUGCAGCAUCGCUACAUUUCUUCAGAUAAAACGCCCUAUGCCGACAAUGCGAUUCGCAGAGAUCGAUCAAACCUACACUCGAGUCGACGUAAACUGUACAAGGCGAGAAAAGUGAUCAUAGCAGUCGCAAUGGCCAACAAGUUUAGAGCAACAAUUCCUCAGGUGGUAGACAAGGUCGGUGACGGUACGAAGAAGGUCGCGGUAGGCAUUGAGAAGGGAAUCAAAAAGACUAGUGAAGGUAUCGGCGAAGGGGCAAAGAAAACAGCGGAAGGUGUGAAAAAGGUCGGGGAUGGUAUUGGGGAGGGAACUAAGAAGAUCGCCGGAGGCGUUGGCACUGGCGUGAAAAAGGCUGUUGAUGGGGUGGAAACAGGCGCCAAGAAAGUCGGGGAGGGGACCAAGAAGGUAGCAGGUGGAAUAGAGACCGGAAUCAAGAAGACAGCGGGCGGAAUAGAGACUGGAUUUAAGAAGACAGCGGGCGGAAUAGAGACUGGAUUUAAGAAGACAGCGGGUGGAAUAGAGACCGGAUUCAAGAAGACGGGUGAAGGAAUGAAAAAGACAAGCGGGGGUAUAAAGCGUAGCGUAGAGAAGGUGAAGUUCGAUAGAGAGAGAAGUCGCGGCGGUGAAACGGGUAGAAGGCAGGCGGACGCCGGCGGCAGCCAAACAGGUUCGGGACGUGAUUCAGUUCGUGAUGGGAGACGGCGCCCUCUGUUUCGUAGAAGAGACCAAAACACAUCCAUUUCAAGUGCAGUCUCAGAACAAGAGCCCCCUGGAAACGAGGAUACUUUUCUCGAUUCUCUCGGAACCCAAAAACCGAGUCCAGAAUCGCAUCCCGCUGUGCAUGUCAGUGUACCGCCUCGAGAGCCUCCGCCUGUCUCAGCAAGGAGAAGGAGUGAAAGCGAAACCUCCAGUGCUGAUUAUUACUCAGCGAAUGACCAUUACAGCGACAUUGAAGCCGAAUGGACUCAUGGUAAUGAUGAAGACAACAAGGGUUUGGAUUUCCGUGUUGCCAGCGCUGUGACAAGCAAAGUUCUCUCCACCCCACGAGAACCAAUGGAUGUGGACAGCAAUGUCCCGAAUGGAUAUCCAGACGUCGAUCGAAAGCCACUCCCCAUCGUCUCCAACAGUAUUCUGAAACAAAUAUCCGACGCCUCGAGUUCAAGUACAGGUUCUUCUCGGCCAAAGCUCCCGCCUCUGGACGGCCUAACCAUGGGCCUUUCGGACGAGUGCAUGGCUGGGAGCUCUCGUGAUGCUUUGAACGUACCGAGAAUGGAUGAAGUUGAAAAGAAGAGGCCAUGGGAUGAGACCCUGGAAGUCUCACCAGAUGCUGUCUCUUCUAUAAGCGAUACGGUCCCAAUUCAUGAAGCAGAUGCGCUACGGAAAGCGGCUGCGCUUUUUCUCGCUUCAAUGCCGUCGAAUGGUAUGAUGCUAGGUGCAGAACAUAUGACUCAUUAACAACAGUAAAGGCGAAAUGCGUGAAGACA